GAGUGGGUCGUGGUGGGGUUGGGUGCGAGGCGCAGGGGGUGCUCCCGUGUGUUAUGUGCCAUCCCCAAACUUGUUCCUAACACAUAAUAUGAGAAGGCUCUAGUCAGUGGCAGCGCCGGGAUCCAGUCGUCGGGAGUGAACAGAAGCUGCCCUGUGGCCGGGCUGACAGUCGGCGCGCGCGGUGCGGGCCGGGAGUGGAGCCGACGCGCCGGUACCGGGCGGGUCCGGGCGCGACCGACGCCGGCCGGGACGCCUCGCCAGCGGCUCAGCACCCGGCCGGAGCGGCAUGGCGCCGCGGGACUGGCGACCGUUCCUCUACGGCGGCGUCUCGUCCUGCUUCGCCGAGUGCUGCACGUUCCCGAUCGACACGACCAAGACCCGGCUGCAGGUGCAGGGCCAGCGGACGCAGGGGCUGCGCGAGCUGCGCUACCGCGGCAUGAGUCACGCCCUGGUGCGCAUCAGCCGCGAGGAGGGUCUGCGCGCCCUCUACAGGGGCAUCUCGCCGGCGGUUCUGCGCCAGUCGACAUACGGCUCCAUCAAGUUCGGCGUCUACUACUCAAUGAAGGGCGUCGUUUGUCCCAACCCGUCCGACGAGACGCUGCUCUCGAACGUCUGCUGCGCCAUCGUGGCAGGCGUCGUCUCCAGCUCGAUCGCCAACCCGACGGACGUGCUGAAGGUGCGCAUGCAGGCGGCCAACGAGUCGGUGCGGCAGAAGGGCAUGCUGCGAUGCUUCGCCGACAUCUACCGGCAGGAGGGCGUACGCGGUCUGUGGCGGGGCGUCGGUCCGACGGCGCAGAGGGCGGCCGUCAUAGUUGGCGUCGAGCUGCCCCUGUACGACUUCUUCAAGCGCUACUUCAUCCAGCACCAGCUGAUCGGCGACUCCUCCGGCAACCACUUCGCGUCCAGUUUGCUCUCCAGCCUGGGCGGCGCCGUCGCCUCCACGCCCAUCGACGUCCUCCGGACACGUAUGAUGAACCAGCGGACGCUGCUGCGGGCCGGCGUGGGCCCGGCGCCCGCCACCGCCGAGGGUCUGGUGCCCGCUCACUACUACCGCAGCAGCCUCGACUGCCUGGUCAAGACGGUACGCUUCGAGGGCUGUCGGGCCCUCUACAAGGGCUUCGUGCCUACCUGGCUGCGCCUGGGCCCCUGGAACAUCAUCUUCUUCGUCUCGUUCGAGCGGCUAAAGCAGCUGUACUAGCGGACUCAGUGCGGCGACGGCAGCGCCUCUGUCGGCGGGCGGCGACACUGCCCGGCGCCGGCCGACGGCGGCGGCGAAUCGGGUGGGCUGGCUCGCCGGCCGCGCCUGAGCACGCUCUUCACCUAGGUCUUCAAUGAAAGCUUCCCGCCACGUGCGAGCUUGCCACCACAUCGAGAGCUUUCUCCCACAUCAGCCGCGGGGCUGUGAGCUUCAGGCGCGUCGGUUCCUCCCCCGUCGUGAGCCGGCCCUGCGCUGCCACGUGCCUGCCGGGUGGGGCGCGGCGCCGCGAUCAUCCGGCCGGCGAUACGCUGGUAGCUAGACGGCCAGGCGCCUGUCUGACCCGCCCGAGAGUGGCCGUCGGCUCCGUCUGGCGCUCGGUUGACGUCAUGCAAACCCAAGCUCAACGGCCUCCUUCCGCCGCGGGGCUUCCGCUCCGCGUGGCUCACGUGGGCAGCGGUUGUUUUAUCUCUCAUGUCGUCCAUACUGUUGAUGUGUUUCGCGCUGUCACAGCGGCCGUUUUCACCGUGGCCGUGCUCGCCGCCGGAGCUCGCUCACUCUGGUUGAAUUCGCUCACUCGGGCUGAGCUCACUUACUCGGGCUGAGCGCGCUCACUCGGACUGAGCUCGCCUGCUCGGACCGCGCUGCCGCACGGACGGUGCCGCAAGUCGUAGGCACUGUUGUGCGCGGGUGCGCCCGCGUCGUGUUCGGGACGGGCUGGCGAGGCGCGAGCCUCAGCCGGUACCGCGGCUCUGGGAGGUGGCUCGGGGUGGUAAGGUGCGGUAUGGAGCCCGUGACCCCCCUCACGACGCGUGGCCGAAGAUCAUAUCCUACGCGUACGUGGACCGUGUUCUUGGCGUCCGCCGCCGAUCUCUGCCCAUUGUCGGACGGUUGGGUUCUGUGGCCGGCGUGACGGCGUGAGGCAUGUUUCUUGCCAUUUCGCCUGUUUUUUGAACCUGCAGAAGUUGUUUUAGUGGAUCUUGGGUGAGAUGCUUUACAUAUGGCAGUGAUCUGUUUUAUGAAGAGGUGGACCGCUUAAAAGGAUGACCCUCCGUGCGUUAUUUUGGAAAAUACAUCCCGUCAACGUUCACUUGACCGGCAAAGGACG